UCCGGCUAAGCAAGCAAGCUCGACUGCGAUUCACGUACGUUGCGGGAAUGAGUGCGAGUUUGGAUGAUCCGUUUCAGGGGGACGAGAGAGCGGAUAGUGGGCUUGAUGAAGCUAUUGGGGCCCAUCCACCCGUGCAUCCUAUGAUUGCUUCCGGUGUUGAGGCGAGCGGAAACAGCGGGAUAGCAUCGACGAAGCGAUUGAUGCUUGAGCCAUUGAAUGUGCAUCAAGUUCCUGCGCAUCCUGACCUUGAGGGACUUCAAGAAAAUCCGCCUACUAUAGAGGAGUUCCUGCGAAGUUUGUUUGUGGAAGCGGAUGCUGAAAUUGAGAGGCCGAGGAAGAGUAUUGGGAAGUUCAAAGACGAGAUUAAGGACGGCGAGGGGAAUAAGUUUGCGGUUGAGGUGAACAAGUGGAAAAGCGAGGGCGAGGGAAGUUCGCAUCAUGGGACGUGGUUUGGGAGGUCGAGUGAGCAUGUGGAAGGGAGGCCGGUUGUUUUCGAUGAGCUGCAGGCUUGCUUGAUGAAGGGUCAUGAGCGGAAGGAAGCCGAGUACACGCCUGCCAUUUAUGAUGUCAAUACGGUUUUGGAGUGGGAUAUGGAGGGUGAGGUGAGAUGGAAAGUUCAAGAGACGUUUGAUGUGCGGACAGGGUCGAUGAAGGAGAUCGAAAUGAGGAUAACGCAGAUGCAUCACUCCAUGCCAGGCGGCAUCCUCGACGAUCGUGUCUUUACUGUCCUCAUGAUCUCUUUUGUCAACACCGACCCUCCUGAGGAUGUACUUGCCGAGUCCAUCAACAUGCAAAUCCCAGUAGAUCUAUUCUCCUUUCCUCCUCUUGUAGUAUCGCGAAGCCAUGUCCAUCGUGAUCCUUCGUCGAAGAAAUUGAGCUACAGGAAUGCUCGCACCGACACAUCAGAGCAGUUGUCCAAGUCGAAGCAAGGCAAAAGUGUGGUCGAGGGCAGAUACGUCAGCGUCGAGAGGGUCCAGAAGAUUGAGAAGAAAGACGACGAUAACAUCGACGUAAUCGUAACGCAGUGGGACAUGAAAACAGCUAGUGAUGCUGGAGGCAAGCUGCCCAUGGCGGUGCAAAAGCUUGGGGUACCUGGAGCUAUAUCAAAAGACGUCCCGUUAGCUUUACAGUUUGUGGUUUCGAGGAGAGGGGCAAGUGGAUACCGUUGCUCCCUUACCUUAUCUUCCAACAACCGGGCCUGCCUAUACUCUCUUGUUCGCUCUAUCCCCCUCUGCGUCCACGGCGUCGCUUGCUGUCCCAGCUUCGCUCGCUGUGUAGCCAUGGCAACAAGUGACGCGAAACAACACAAGCAACAAUACCCGUCCCUCGGCGCCUUCCUGCGGGAUAUUCUUGAGAAAGACAUACCGGCAGCCAUUGUUCAGUCAGUCAAGUUCAAUCUGCCUGACGACGAGCUGUCAACGCCAAGCCUUGUUGCUCUGCUGGCUCCCCUGGUUCCUCGAGGGCAGCUGCCUCCACAAACAGCCCACCCCCCUCUCACUCUCGCCGCCCUUCACCUUUGGAACUUGCAGCAACAAUACCGCAGCCCCAUUUCCUCCUCCUCUCCCUCACUCCCUCCAUAUCCAUCUACCUGUCCCUUCUCAUACCCAUCAAUUGUGCCUCUCUAUUCACGACCCCCAUCCUCCUCUCUGGCUCUGCCUGUCUUGCCAUCCUCUUCUUCUCUGCCCCGCCAUCCCACUCUGCCCUCUGGCUCUGCACUCUCAGUAGACGGGCUUGCCAAAGUACCACGAAAAUUCCUCAUUCAAGUCUACACUGAGCUCCUCAUCGGUUUGUGCAAGAACCUCGAGUUCAUCGAGUACCCUGCAGCCUGGGAAGGCAACCUGUCACGCACGUACGAACGUAUUAAGCGUCGUGACAAGUGGUAUGCGCGGCUGCUCGACGACGGGACCAUCAGAUUCGUCAAGCUAUCUGCCGGACGAUACCCAAGCCAGAGAGCGUCUUCACCGUCUCUAAUGCCGGCCACUGCAGAGGUGAGAUGGUUACCCGUCUCGAGCAAAUUUCAACGCGGCGUGCCUUCCCUGGACGUGGACCUCAGCCAAGCAUCCGAUAAGCUCAUAGACUGCCUUGUUUCUCAGGCUUUCCGACACUAUACCAUGCCAGCAGCUCAUCGCUCGCAACCGUCAACUUCAAUUCACCUGACAGCCAAAGAACAUGCUUUGUACAAGGCGUGUGGAAUCCACGCUGAGAGAAUCUCACGCAAGCGUUUCGAAGCUUGUCAUGUUGCAAGACCAGUCUCUUUGCCGACCGCACCCAUUCCUCAUGUGUCAGAAGACAGUCUCCAUCAUUCGGAUGAGACUCGCCUCCAGGAGAAGGGGACCUCCGUAUUCACUUCGACAAGCAAUGUCCCUACACCUGAAUGUUCGCCGUUAGAUUAA